CGUGAGAUAAGAGUGAACGUGAGAUAAGAGUGAAAGUGAGAUAAGGAUGAGAGUGCAAGUGAGAGGGGGAGAUGAGAGGUGAGCAAGUGAGUGAGAGACUAAGUGAGACUGCUAACCCCCCGGAUCCUUCCCCUCAUUUCGUCCCCCUCACCUGCGGCGAUCCUUCGCGACGGCGUCAGACCAUUUCCAUGGGUGCUUACUCACUGCCAGCAGCCACAACAAGUCGCGGACCGACAGACGAGCUCUACCCGUGUACCUGAUUGACGUAACAAAACCACUCUUCGCCGGUGCUGGCCAAUCCAGGCGGCUCUCGUUGACGCGCAGCGUCAUUGAGCAUUAGUCCAGGGGUACGGGAGGGUUUCCCGGCACGGUUGGAACAGACAGUGACCAAGUGACGUUCAGAGCCGCCCCCCGAGUAGCCGCUGCUUGGCUGCUUGAACGCUUCACAUGGGUCCCGAGCCCGACUACAAGUUCAUCACCGUCGACGCUGUUCAGGGGACCUUCCAGCCAGCCACCAGGACCGUCCGAAGCCAUGCCAUCCGGACCGCUAUCCAACGGGGCGAGUCUGAGCUGGGGGCCUCGACUGCCCUCAUCUCUCAAGGGACCAUAAGGGGCAAGGCGCAACUGAGAGGCCGCUUCAGGCUGGGCGGCACAGCGGUCAAGCCCAAAAACCCAAAGAACCGACGCCGCAAGGAUGCCGCUGGACCUGCUGCUCCUCCGGAUGUCUAUGACUUGCUGGCACAGGCCUCUCUUCCGCCGUGGAUUCAGAGACUGGGCAGCGACAGUGCCGACCCCUUCAACACGUUGCCGAUCCCCGGUACUCCAUCGGUCGACGCUCUGGUUAAAUACUUCACCACCAGGUUCAACCUCAACUCGACCACGGCCGAUAACAAGAGGCCAUGGUUCCCCUACGCCAUGCAGAGCGCUCUCAUCCUGCGCACCACGCUCGCGCUGGCCGCCGAGUUCCUCGCGGCGUCGAUGCCGUCGCCCGACCUCACGCUCCAGCGAGAGGGGUAUACGCAAAAGGGCGAGGCUAUGCGGGUGCUCAGGAGCCGUUUGGAAUCCCGAGAGACGGCUGAGCGGGCGAGCGACGACCUUUCCGUGCUGGCUGGUGUAGCCAUGCUUAGCAGCGUGGAAGCGUUCCAAGGUCACUUCUCGGCAGCCGAAGUCCACCUGGCCGGGCUUCAUGCCUUGAUCAUGGCUCGCGGCGGGCCGGACACGAUCAAGCACGAUUACAUCCUCUGCCGCUGCAUCAACUGGACGGAAAUCCAAGUAGCGUCCGGGCUGGGACGAGUUCCCGUGCUGCCCAUGUUCCACACUCUCGACCAGAUCUCCCUCCCGUCGUCGGUCGUGAGUGGCGCAGCGACGCCCUCGCUGCGUCACCUCGACAGGCUUGCGGGCCACGACACGGACGAGAGCAAGGAGCCACGCCAGAUCUUCACGACGGUGAGGCAGGCCAUCUGCUCGCAGGCGGGGGCCGUUGCGGCCGACGACAUCCGCAUCGUCAUGAACACGGCCGACAACGCGAUCCUGCACUUCUUGUACGCCGAGCGCCGGACAGCGACGCCAGUGCAGAAGCGCUUCCUCGUUCUCGUCUCGGCGGCCCACGUGUUCCUGUACACCGUUCUGCGCGAGGUCCCGACGACCGGGCACAUGGCCCGCAUCCUAGUCGCGAGGAUGCGGGCAGCCCUGGAGGACGCCGACGCCAUCGCCCUCGUCUGGGUGUCGCACGACGCCGCUCUGCUGUGGAUCCUGUUCGUGGGCGUUGUCGGCUCCGGGACGGCGGCCGAGGACCGCGCGUGGUUCCUGUCGAGGCUGCUCGACGUGCUGGAGAGGGCCCGGGACGUCUUGCCGCCGGAGAGGUGCAGUCGCAAGAACCUGCAGCAGGUCCUCGCGAGGUUUCUGUGGAAGGACAAGCAUUGCCUGCCGGCCCUCAACGACGCGUGGGCGUUGUGGGAACGCAGGGUCAUGUAGCAAAACAAAACCCACAUGUUUAUCCUCCUCAUCCUUUGUUCAAACCUUCCUCUUGUCAAGUCAAAUACCUAAGCCAGGAUUGGUCCAGCCCGGCUCCGUCGACUCCUCCCCGGGUCUCCAGGGAGUUCGGGCACAACCAGUGAACGAACCGGUAGAUUCGCUGCUGACACAUCGUCCGCUUUCUCGGAGUCGACGUCUUGGCGGGGUUACCUGUCCUGCGGCAAUUACAGUUAUUGAUGCGUUCGUUCGGCUGAAACCGACGAUAAGAGGGAGAGAACAUGAUACGACAUGACUCAGUGAACAAAACAAACUCCCCCUCCCCCCCCCCC